GCGGCGUGCUUCGAGUGGGUCGUGGAACCCUAGACCCCUUUCCCCAAUCCCACGGCCACCUCCAUCCUCCCGUGCUCCACCCCGAGCGUGCCCGGGCUCCGCCUCCUCCUCCUCCACCAUCCCUUCUCUUCUCACUCUUCCUCCUGUCGCAGCCGCCUCCUCUUCUCCCUAUCUUCCUCCUCCUCGCCCCACGCGACCCCUCUUGUGCCGCUCGUCUCCACUUCGUUGCCGCCAUAGAUCGAGGAGGACGGCGCGAUGACCACCAUGAUGCAUCGGACAUCCCAGAUCGACGACGCCAUGGAAGCCAUGGGAGCUGGCCGAGGAAGAGGGGGCAGGGCCGCAGGCCAUGAAGGGCAUGGCGGCUGCGGGCGGAAGCAGCAUGGGUUGUAGGAGCGGCGGAUGUGGGCGGGGUCAGAGGUUGGGGAAGACUCGUCGGCUGGGCGACAGCAAGCUUCGGUUCUACGAUCUGUUGCAUCUCUUUUCUUCUCGUUAAGGUUAGCUGCUCUAUUUCCUAGGAGAGGGGAGGCGGCCAAUGACAGGGAGAAGGAACAGGCCGUCGACGAGUGCAAGCAGAAGGGGCAUAUUGUUUUGGUUAUGAGUGGUUGGAGAUAUUGUGACUUGAUGUCCCUGGAGCAGUCAGACCCUUCCAAGAUAGGUCGAGCGACGGCGAGCACAUCCGACGGCAACACACCAAGAGACUAGGCGUGGGACUGGUGCUUGGUAGCAGCAGCGAUUCCUUCAGGCAUUUCGAUUCCAGUAACCACAAGUUGUAGGGAAGAUGUAUGUUUCCUACAAAGGGUUUGAGUUUGAGAGGCACAGAAGAAGUUACAAGUGUUGCAGCUUAUUUGGCUUUAUAGUGACAUGUAUCGACAAACAAUUGUUAUAUUCAGUAUGCUAGGGUGUGUCCUAUUUAUCAUGCAGAUUCUAUAUUAGGUGCUCGAUAGAGGUAACAAAAGCUAACAGAGAUCAGAAUAUAUUUUACUUAUAUUUUUGUCUUUCUUUUAGUUCUGUGUAGUCUUUAUUUACCAUGUAAUGAUUAGUUUGAAUGCUUAUAGUGGUGAUACUUUCCCUAUAAAUUUGUUGGGUAGAUUAUAAUUCCGUUACUUGAUUUAGGACAGUAUAUGGUUCUAUGAUACAGGAUUUAGAGGAACAUAUACGGGAUUUAGUUUUUCAGGUCACACUUGUCCCAUAUUCUGUUACUUUCCCUAUUGAUUUUAGCUUGCAAUUGAGUAAGAUGCAGGUUGGGAAUUCUCCCUUGUGUGUCAGAAUCUGAAGUAUUUGACCAUUUGGGUUCACUUCUAUCAUGUGUUGUAUCCUUCCUCUAUUUUAAGAUUUACUAGGCACAUGCAGGUUAGUUGUUGUUUCAAACAUGUCAAUGAAAGGUAAUAAUGUUAAAAUUGGUUCCCCAAGGGCCAAGGUGGUGAUGAUCACUUUGUGAUUCUUUUCCUACUUGUUCUAAAAAUGAUUCUUCUGGGUGAUGUUGAUUUAGGUUUUUGUGGUCGUGUCAUACACCAAUUAUCGUUGAGAUGGGUAAUGGUAUGGGAAUGGGGCUCCAAGGAUGUGAAAAUGGUCUGGAAGACAGAGUUAGCAGUGAUAUGUGUCCUCAAGUAAUUUCUUGCCAAAGGUAUGCUAUAGAUACAACCAGCUUCAGAGACAUGCCUAGGUAGCUCUCCUAUACGGGUUCUUGUUGAUCUUUGUUGGUUAAAAUAUGUGUUGCUGUGACCUUGAGAACAUUUUUUUAUCUUAUUACUGCAGUUUUGUUUUUUCACUCAAACAUAUAGUGGUUAGUGUUGUUAAUCCAUACAUAGCCGUAUUUGUAGGUUGAUGUUAUCAUAUCUUUCAUUCAAUAUCUUGUGCAAAGUUACAUGCGUAUUUUUCUUUCUUUAGACCGUCCACCCGUUUGAUUUCUGGACCCAUAUUUUAAUGGUUCUCUUGCAGGUGAUGUGAAGGUUAGCUACUGUGAUCAAGGAAAUAACAUGUAUCUGUGUGGUUUGUUCCUGCUGUUGAUCGGCCAUUGCUGCGUUUAAGGUAUGUUGUGCCCGGUGCUACUUAAUGCUAUAUAAAACCUAUAGCUGUACAUAAAACACCUUGAUAUGCAAAUAACCCAGUUAAAAUAAAUGGGUUGCGCCAUCUAGCAUUACAUGACGACAUGCCAAACACUUUGCCACCUAGGAUAGUCUAUAUUUGUAUUUCAUCCAGUUAUCUCAUAUUUCCAGUAAAAAAACUCUUCGCUUUGGGGUUUUGGAAUAAUCUUCAGGAAGUUGGUGACGAGUUAGUAGAACUUAUAGAAAUGUCGCUUUCAUUAGACAAUGACAUGCCAAAGACGCCAUUGCCUAAGGUAGUCUUUGGACUUAAGCUAUCUCAUAUGUACAAUAACAAGAUUUGUCACUUCAGUUUUUAGAAUAAUCAUUGAUAAGUUGGUUAAGAAUUAGAGCUAAAGUUACGCUCAUGAGUAGUAUUUUUUGUACAAACAUCCAGUUAAUUCUUGAGAUACAAUAGAGACACUAUAUUAGUACUACUUUAGUCAAAUACAUUGUCCACUGGUUGUUGUAGUGAAAUGUCGCUCUAGCUAUUAAUUUACAGAAUUGUAGAAAAUAGCCCCUACGAAAUUACAAAGAGCGAGAAUAAGGAAGCUGGCAAACUUAGUGCUUCAUGGUAUUUCAGUAGAAAUUACAAAGAGCGAGAAUAAGGAAGCUGGCAAACUUAGUGCUUCAUGGUAUUUCAGUAGAAAGGAAAUAGAAGAGAAUUCUCCGUCUAAGAGGGAUGGCAUUGAUUUAAAGAAAGAGACUUACCUUCGGAAAUUGUAUUGCACUUAUCUACAAGAUUUGGGGAUGCGGCUCAAAGUGUAAGAUAUUUUAUGUCCUUCUAUGCAUUUAUCGAUACUGUAGCCUGUUGGCUGACUGUCCCUUACUUAUCCAAAACAUUGAGUUCUGCUACUUACCCAACCAGAUGUUAAAUAUUUCAAAAUGCGUCUUUAUAUUGUCAUUGUAUCGUAAUUGCUUCUCCUGAUGUGUUUUUGUUUUACACCAGCAUAUAUUUGGUCCAGAGAUAUUCAAUUGUUUGUCUGAUAAGAUAAUAUUUUACUUCUUUAUGGAGCAUUCUUAUGGCAAGCACAUUUUUUCUGGAUGAACUGCUGGUUGGUUUUUUUCUCCAUAAAUACGAUAAAUUAUCAUAUCAUAUGAAAUGUCAAGAUAUACUGAAAAUAUGCCCUGUAUGAUGGUGGUCUGGCAUUUUAGAAUUGUUUUGGGCAAUUCAUGUUUGUAUGCAUUUUUUCUUUUGGCCCUUGAAGGCAUCUUUAAUAGUUUGCAAUUGCGAUAGAAAUUGCUGUGCUCGUAUCUUUAGUUUUAAUUACAAUUGGUCGAUCUACAACGAGUGCGUCUGAUUCCAACUCAUCAAGGUGAGCUCCCUCUUUUAUUCUUCUCAGGUAAUGAGGCGUCAGUGUAGGCCCAAUCUUUUUGUUUGUUGCUUUGAAGAGUGUUGUCAUGUUGUGGAAAGGCAACAUGUGCUUGAUAUGUGGAGUUGGUGUUGAGCCUGGCGGUAGUAGACAGGGAAGGCACCCAUCUCACUUGAUCUUGAGAGUUGAUUCAUAUCUUUUUUUCUUGACCUGAUUGAGUUCCUGUAUAUGCAAGGAUAAAGAAGAAGGGGCAUUGUCGUGGUUGUUGCUUAAGGUGUUGGUCAGGAGCUGAUUGCCGGGACUGAUGACAAGAACGGAGAGCAGGAUGAGUAUGUCAACAUGAUGUUCCUUGAUGUUGGCCUUCUUUUAUAAAGUUCACAUGCAAACUCUCCUCCAUGGUUAGAAAAAACUAAUUUAAACAUUUUGUUUCUUUGGUGGUUACUCAUUUCUCUUACCA